AUGUUGGGGCUCGAGGCAGUGUUCACUACUUUCACGCACGAUGCAUCCGUUAUGGACGGGCGCACCUUUGUGAAGCUAUGCAAGGAUUGCAAAGUAUUCGACAAGAACUACACGCCCACUGAUGCUGACCUCAUUUUCACAAAAGUGAAGGCAAAAGGAGCGAAAACUAUCACGUUCGCCGAGUUCGAGACAGCAAUUGGCCUCAUCGCGGAAAAAAAGAAAGUGUCGGCUCAAGAACUGUCGACUCAGAUAUCGUCCGCCAACGGCCCGGUUUACAGGGGAACAAAGGCGCUUCCGAACAAGUUCCAUGACGAUAAAUCGCUCUACACAGGGGUCCACGCAAGUGGAGGCCCUAGCACUGUCGAUGGCAACGUCAGCGAUAUCUCGCAGAUUCUCGACCGAUCUCCUGCAACAGUCAGAGGUACAAAAAUGUAA